UGGCGGCACGAGAAGGUGCGUGUGUGAUUCAUGCGCUGUAGGGAGUGGAGUCCUGGGCGGGACUCUGACACAGCGUUUAUCACAGCUCCAGGCAGGUGAGUAGAAAACACACACACACCGUGCGGAGCGGAUCCCAGAGGAGCUCCAGCUUCAGCGAGUGUGAGACUCUCUUGCUGCGCUCCCUCUUCUGCCAGCGCUUCACGUGUGGCCUGCGCUUCGUCGCACACCUCAGAUCCCAGAUGAGGCUCUUCCUGUUGCUCUCUGCGAUGGCUGCCGUCUCCAGGGCCCAGACUGACUGCUCGGUGGGCGCGUGUUACCCGCCCGUCACUGACCUCCUGCUGAGCCGAGGCCACCAGCUGCACGCCACCUCCACGUGUGGCCUCAGCGGCUCGGAGAUCUACUGCACCCCAUACGAGCAGAUCAGGAUGAAGUGUUGCCCAUGUGACUCGCGGAACCCCGACGGUCCACUGGCUCACACCAUCAAAGAGGUGCUGUCCUCUGCAAAGCCCGAUCGAUGGUGGCAGUCAAGGAAAGAGUUGAGCCCCGUCACGCUGCAGUUUGACCCCCAGAAUUUAUUCCAGCUGAACAACCUGGUCCUCAACUUCAAGGGGCCGCGGCCCAGCUCCCUGGUGAUAGAGAGAACCCUGGACAAGGGCCAGACCUGGGAGCCUGCCCUCUACCUGUCCACAGACUGUCAGGAGAACUUCCCCGGCGUCCCAACUGUGCAGCCGCGGACCCUGGAGCAGACCUACUGCCAAACGCUGCCACCUAUGGGCGCCAGCCCGUACCAGGAUCAGACAGUCCAGUUCAGUCCCCUCCAGGUCUAUUCUGCCGUGGCUCUGCCCAACAGUCGGAAGAUCGGAGAGGUGAGCGGCCUCACGGGCCUGAGGGUGAGGCUGACCCAGCUGGGAGACGUGCCCCGCCCGCCCGGCCGAGCGCUCAGCCGCUUCUAUGCCCUGAGGGACAUGAGGGUGAUGGGCAGCUGCAUGUGCCACGGACAUGCCAACCGCUGCCUGCCACAGGCCGGCGCCGCGCCUCUGACCGACAGCCUGCAGGCCGACUGCCCCGACAGAGACGGACUCUAUCCCGGGAACCUGGUGCUGGGUGCUGAGGCGAGUCACAGGUGCGACUGCCAGCACAACACCGCCGGCCCAAACUGUGAGCGCUGCGCCGACCUCUACCAGGACAAGCCGUGGAGAGCCGCCGAGGAAAACGAGCCGCACGUCUGCCAGCGCUGCCAGUGCAACAACCACGCCCAGCGCUGCCACUUCGACGCCCAGCUGUACGAGGCCAGCGGCCGGGUCAGUGGAGGCGUGUGCGACGAGUGCAUGCACCACACCACCGGGGCCCGGUGUGACCAGUGCGCGCCGGGAUACCAGCCCAACCCCCGCAGCCAAAUGGACCGGCCCGACGCCUGCAUACGCUGCUUCUGCAACGCCGACGGCUCGGUGAAUGGCGGUCGGUGCGACGACGACACCGGAACAUGCCAGUGCAAGCUCAACGUGGAAGGCGCUCGCUGUGACCGCUGCAAGAAAGGCUUCCACAGCCUGAGCCCGUCCAAUCCGCUGGGAUGCUCCAAGUGCCAGUGCUCCUCCUCGGGCUCCCUGUCGGACGUGUGCGACCCCGCCACCGGACAGUGCCGCUGCCAGCCCCACUUCCACGGCCUGACCUGCGACGUGUGCGCCAACGGCUACUGGAGAGCUUUCCAGUCGGGCGGCUGCGAGCCCUGCCGCUGCGACGCCUCCCGCUCCCUUGGUGACUCCUGCAACAUGCUGACGGGUCAGUGCGAGUGCAAGCCGGGCUUUGGCGGCCGAAGGUGCACAGAGUGUCCGGACAACUCGUACGGAGAGCCUCUGAUCGGCUGCAAGCCCUGUCUGUGCAACAAGGAAGGGACUCUUCCAGAGGUGUGCAACAAGCAGACGGGCGCCUGCUUGUGUCGCCCGGGGGUGGCUGGGACUCGCUGUGACUCCUGCAGGCCUGGACACUGCGACUCCUUCCCCGACUGCAUGUCCUGCCCCUUAUGCUACUUCGACUUGGACGGUCAGCGCAGGAGCCUCAGCGCCGACCUGCAGAAGCUCUCUCAGCAGAUCCCCACCACCUCCCCCGGUGACCUGGGGAAGUUUGAACCCCGGAUCCGUGACCUGGAGGAGGCGCUGAAGCAGUUGAAGGACUCCCUCUCAUUUCCACCAGCGGUGGCGCAGCAGAUCGACAAGGCUUUGACAGAGCUGGACCAACUGAGAGACCGGGCAGACGAGGCAGACAAGAACCUCUCCCCCCUCCAGAAGACUCCGGGGCUGACAGCAGAGCUGGACAGACUGCAGGCUCUGCUGGACGGACUGACCUUGCUGUACAACAACAAGAAGGACGGUCACACAAACACUGUGGACCCCAACAGUGACGCUCUGCUGGCAGCCAUCAGAAAAGCCUACGAUGAGUCCAAAGCAUCAGCUGCCAAGGUGGAGGACACGAAAGACACGGUGCGCCAGUCUGAGGCUCUCAGGGAGGAUGCGGUGGAUCGACAGAAACAAGUCCAGCCGGCCAAUACUCGUGAGCUGAGCAAGCUCAGCACCAGCAUGGCCAACCAGCCCGACCUCACCGCCGCCGCCAAGCAGGUGUGCGGCAGCACCGGCGCGGGGCCCUGCACGCCGCUCUCCUGUCCCGACACAGACUUGUGUCCUCCAGAGGGCGCGCCACUCUGUGAGGCGGGCAAGUGCCAGGGGGCGCUGCCUCUCAGUAAAAGGGCCGACGCCGACGUCCGGGAGGUGACGGAUCGACUGGACAAGCUCAGCAGCAAGAUCACCGAGGCAGCGGAGAAGUUCCAAGAUGCUCAGGAAAAAACGAACCAGGUGAGGCAAACUGCAGAGAAGCUGUCCGACAAGGUGAAGCAGACCAGAGAAGAGCUGGAUGGCGAGCUGAAAGACACCGGCGACGUCCUGAAGCAGCUGAAAGACCUGCUGUCAGGUCCAGCUCCCAACCUGACCCAGAUCCAGGACAUCAGCGACAAAAUCCUCAAGGUCAAACUGCCCCUCAGCAUGGAUGCUUUGAACAGGAAAGUGGCGGAGCUGAAGAAUCUGGCGGCAAAGUUGCCCGACAGUUCGGAGGUGCUGAACAAAGCUACACCUCAGCUGGAAGCCGCCCGCAAACUACUGCAGGAGGCGGAGGAGGCCAGGGACACGGCCGUGAACAAUAAUGUGACCAAACUGGUGAGGGAGUUCGACAACACCGAGAACGUGUUGUCUGACCUGGAGGAGAAGCUGCAGGACAGCAUGGACCAGAUGGAUGGGCUGAAGAAGACUCUGACUGAGGCCGAGGCGCAGCUGAGUCCAGCAGAGAAGGCUCUGGAUGACGCGAGCACUGUGCUGACGCCGCUGCAGCCCCAGGUGGAGGAGCUGGAGGACAGGCUGCAGAAUGGAGACCAGCUGCUCCAGGACGCGCAGGACGAUGCUCAAUUAGCCAAGGACAUGGCCACCGCUGCCGACCAGGACAUGAAGGUGUUGGAAGACAAAGUGAGGGAGCUGAAAGACUUGACCGACAAAGGAACGACGCCAGAUGGAGGAACACCGGAGGACCGACUGGCCAAGCUGCGACAGGACGCUGUGGAUCUGACCAACACCACGGACACCAUGGCCGACGCUCUCAAAGGCAAAGCAGACUCCAUCCGGCAGCUGCAGGACGAGGUGGUGCAGAAGGCAGCGCAGCUGGACGGACUCGAAGAGAAGCUCCAAGACCUGCUGGCCACACUGAGGAAGAAGGCUGAGGACCUGAGCACCUGCUCCAGAUGAGCGCGUGCUGCCGUGUGGCGUCACUGCCGUAUUAGAGCCCUAUUUAUUUCCCAGGUCUUUGCAUUGUUGUUAGCUUUAGCUUCUCUGCCUGAGCACAAGUGCCAGCUUCCACCCUUCACACGAGGAGACCUCUUGACUUCUGAAUAUUUAUUGAUGAUAUGAUACAAAAUAAAGACGGAUGUUGCCGCAUGUGUCUCGCCUCUACGC